UUAAUUAAUUGCCCACCAUGAGCGUAAGUCACCUAUUUAUUCUGCGCUUCGACUCAAUCACCUUCGACCGCCCCGUGUCGUUCACUGCCGUGCACCUCAAUGGCCUGCUCCCAUUGAUAUUGCGACCGUCAGCCUCGCGUAUCCCCCUUUCCCACACAUCACAACACAUCAGCUACGCCGUGACUUGAAUUCUCCCGUGACACAUUUGCUGACUAUGUCUCGACAGUACGGAUACGGCGGACAGAACCCCUACGACCAGCAGGACAAUGGUGGUUAUGGCGGCGGCAGCUAUGGAGGAUACAACCAGAGCCCUCCCCCCCAGUCGGGAGGCUACGGAGGAGGCUCCAACGUUGAGAUGGCCCCUCUUGCUUACAACGCUGGUUCUAUCGCCCAGGGCGACCCCAAUGCCAUCCUGAACGAGUGCCGUGACAUCGACCGUGGCAUCGACACCGUUGAGCAGAACUUGGAGCAGCUCCGCAUGCUUCAGCAGCGCACCCUCGAUGACGCCGACAGCUCCUCCAACAGCGCCGCUAACCGCCAGCUGGAUGGCCUCUCCACCGAGACCAUGGCCCUCUACCGCGGCCUCACCGAGCGUGUUCGCACCAUCAAGUCCAACCCUGAGUCAAAGAGCCCCAAAAACAGCCCGCAAGUCAACCGUGUCGACCGUCGCCUGAAGGAUGCCAUUCGGCAGUACCAGACGGUGGAGUCACAAUUCUCCAAGCGCACUCAAGACCAGAUGGCUCGCCAGUACCGCAUUGUCCGCCCCGAUGCAUCGGAGCAGGAGAUCCGCGAGGCUGUUGAGGAUACCAGUGGCCGACAGGUCUUCAGCCAGGCCAUGAUGCAGAGUGACCGCCAGGGCCGUGCCCGAGCUGCCCUCAGCGCUGUCCAGGACCGACACGCUGCCCUCGCCAAGAUUGAGCAGCAGAUGAACGAGCUGUCUCAGCUCUUCAUCGACAUGGAUACACUCGUUGUCCAGCAGGAGGCUGCCGUCACCCAGAUCGAGCAGAAGGGUGAGGAGGUUGUUGAGAACCUCGACAAGGGUAACGAGGAGAUUGGUGUCGCCGUUAACACUGCCCGCAAGACUCGCAAGAAGAAGUGGAUCUGCCUGGGUAUCUGCGUGGCCAUCAUCGUCAUCAUCGUCAUUAUCGUCCUCAUCUACAUCUUCGUUAUCAAGGGACAAAAUAACAACAAGAGGCGAAGCCUGGUUAUUGACGGCCUCGAUGUCAUCAAGCACAUCGGUGCCCGCGCACCUGUGGCCGACGAUGCUGGUGAUGCCCUGAACAAUCUCGCUCUUCAGCGAUUGCACCUCCCGCAGUUGCCAAGACACUAAAUGUGCCUCCCAAUUUUUUUCACUCGACGUCGAACGAAUGCAUUAAGAGCUAGUGUCCGCGCUGUCGAAGAAAUGCUGGGGAGGAGGGAUCAGCUGUGUACAUCAGUCUGCAAGAUCGGUUUAAAAACGCACAUAGACCGGCUUGCCCCAAUCGCUUUACUAUGUUGGGAUAGAUAUGCCUUCAGGGAAGGAGGAGAAGAAAAACGAGUCCUCCGAUUUGGAGAAUGAGGAUAAGGGGAUAACGGAGAGGACUGCCUGGGCAAACACUGCCAACCAUUUUUUUUACUUGUUUUGCUUACUGUCUGGAUCACAUCUCGCACGCGCUUUUCCUCUUGUUAUAGCCUCGAUGCCCGUUGACUUUUGUUUGCUGGAAGAAGGCAACGGGGGUUGUUCGAAUUCCCAUUCUGGAGUUGUUCUAGUCCAUUGCAUUUGUUAGGGGCGUUUAUACUAUGAGCUUUAAUCACAUUUUC